AAAACAAAUAUAUAAAUAAAUAAAUAAAACAUUUGCUCUGCUUUCUGGGGCUUCCAAUGCUCACAUCUCAGGCCAGGUCUGAGGUUCAAUGAGAUGACCACAAGCUCCUUGGGCUGAUUUUUUUUUUUAAACCUAUUUGUCACAUUGACACUAAUCCUUUUGUUCACAAUUUGCCCUGGAGCAGAAUUGGUGUUAAGCAGCAAAAGACAGAGCAGGACCUGCCUUAGUGGGGUCAGCAGGUCCUGAAGCCACCUUCUCUGUGGGGCUGGGGACUAUGAUCAUGCCUAGGGUCCCCUACUGUGAGCCUAAUUCACUCUCCUACCACUCACCAACUAAUCUACUCCCGGGCAUCCUUCUGGCUCCUGCUAUCCUACCCAGUCUGCAGCCCUUGUCUUUACCUCUCACUGAUUUUCAUAUUUCAGGAAAAUCCAUUUGUUUGGUUCAGAGCAACUGAACCGUCCCUGUGUUCAGACAAAAACCACUCCCAAGGUUGGCAUUUAGCAGAGGCCACUUAUGGGUGGGAACUCUGCUUCAUCUCCAAACAGGACUCUGCCUGCACUGGCUCCUGGCAACUCCUGGCUGUUCCUCUCUGCUGCUCUGACCUAUGGCUCUUCUUGGUAGCCUUCAGACACUCUGCCUGUCACUCCAAUGAGACUGGAUCCCUGACUUCCCUUCCACAACCUGUGCACAGGCUCCUGUGUUUACCUACAAACUCAAGUGACUGGAGCGUUUGGAGCGGAGUGUGAGGGGAGCUUGUAUGAUAGGCCACAGGAGGGAAAUACUGAUCUAAGUACAAGACUAAAUCCUUACAAAAGUAUAGCAUUGGCCUUCCUUUCCACUCUGGGAAGCACCUGAGGAGGGACAUCAUGCUGCCAUUACCAGUGGGGCUGCAUGAGCCCCACGUUCAGUAUGAUGUCAGCGGGCAGUUGAGUCUCUGAUGCCCAUGCCUAUCCCAGUCUUUUGUUCUUGGGACUUCAGGGUCAAGAAACAUAGGCAGCCCUACUCAGUGAGCACCAAGAAAGGACAGAGUCUCUCUGUGUAGCCCACAUUGGCUUCAAACUCGUGACUCCUUUGCCUUAGCCUUCUGAGUGCUGGGAUUACAGGCAUGUGCCACCCAUGCCCAGUGACUGUGCUUCUUAAGACAAGGCACCCCUAGGUGGGCUGGGAGUACUCUGAGAAGUAAGAUGGGAUUCCAAUUGGUGAGUGUUAAGUUAAACGUUUGAGUCUCUUAAAACUGUUUCACUGAGGAUGUACUACCCGCUGUCAUGUACUAGUGUGUGCUAUCGCAUGCAUGCUACCUGUAUUACCUCUUUUUUAAUCUUUUUGGCAACAGUACAAGACAGGAACUACUGUUGUCUCUUUUUACAGAAGAAGAAACUGAGGUAGCCAGAGGUGAAAGAACUUGUUAAAGAUCCAGUGACAGCAGACUCUAAAUGCCUGCUUCAAAGCCCACACCUUUAGCCAGUACACACAGAGCAAGGAGCUCAUCUCGGGCAUUAUUCUGCAGCCCUCUCGUCCCUCCAAAGGACAAUGCACUCCUUUCGUGGACAAAAAUUAUAUUAAAUUCAUUUCCCUGACCAUCUGGGAAGGCCAGUGUCUACUUCUCCUCAUCCUACGUCUCUGGGUGUGGGCUCGGGCAGGAAUCUGGGGUUUUAAUCCUGACUGUUCCAAGACCUCCUAGUUAGUCAGCAUUUUGCUUUCUCUCCACUUCCCAAUCUCCAAUCCCAGCACCUUGAAAAUAAAUCAGUCUUCCUGAUUGUUGGCUAGAGCUGGGAGAAGGUGAAGAUCCUCACAUGCCUAGUCCCUGAUGGCAGGUGUUCUCUCUCACACACAGCUCCGGGCCUGAGCAAGAGCACAGUCCACCUGAUUUCCGCCUGUGUGCUUGCUGCGGAGUCUGGAAGCUCCUGGCUCAGGAGGAGGCAAGCGCCUUAAACUCAGUCACGUCCCAGCCCCGCAGACAGUUGCACCAGGUUGUGGGCAAAGUCUUGUCAUUUCCCCUUUUCCUCUUCCUCCUCCUCCUCCCACUUCUCUGGAAGAAGGGUGGGCUGCACCAGGACCAGAAAGGUGGGGAAAGCCGGUUAACUGAAACGUCCCCUUUUUUGCUAGGUAGUUCCGGGGCAUCUCCUCACCUCUCACCCAAGGGUCGCAGCUCAGAUAUCAUGACCCUUGCAGGGUUCCAAAGUGGAAGGAAAUGGACUCUCACCGAUCCAUCCGCACUACUUCUCUGAGGUAGCCAGAGGACUUGGGCAGUAGGACCCCCCUCCUGGAAGUAGUGGUGGCGGGUCCUUGGGUAAAGGAAAGGCUCGAUUGUGCUAAGGCUUCCUGCCCUGACAACUCCCGGCGUAGCCCCCGCCACGCAGCAGCCGCCUCUCUGCGGCGGGCCGGCUGGGGAGGCGGGGCGGGAAGGCUAACGCAGGAAAGGGUUACGGGAAUAGCUUUCCAAUGACAAAGUCUGGAAGGGACCCAUGCCUCCGCCCCUCUGCGGGUUAAGCUGGCACAGUCCAGGGGAGGAAAGCGAGGGCGAUCCGCAGCCCGGCCUCCCCUCCCGCCCACCUCCAGCCGCGGGCACUCCCAGCUCGGCCCACCGCGGAGGCAGCCGGCGUGUGCCUAGGGCAGCGGGUCACUAGGCUCCGCCCCCGGCCGCCGGGCCCGGGGGACGGCACUUUGUUCAGGAUGCCGCCUCCUUCUCGUCGUGGAGCGGGAGCCCGCGGCCGCCCUAGGGAGAGGCUGGAGGCCGGAGCGCGCAGCGCCGGCUGAGACUCGCGCGAGGAGCCGCCCGGGCCCCGGGAAGCCCCGGGAAACUUUCUGAUCGCGAGCAGAGGACGUCCGGCCCUGCGCUGCUCGGGCGAUGCGCGACUCGGCGCGGCGGCGGCGGCGGCGGCGCGGACCCAGGACCGAGGACCAGAGGCGCUCCGGAUCCUAGUGUGGCCCUACCCCUGUCGCUGACCAUGAAUGGGAUGGCCAACGUGAAUUCUGCCAGCCGCCCGCACUAUGCCUCCUCCAUCCCGGUGCCUCGAGCUUCCUCACAGACCAGGAUUCACACUCCGGGCGCUUCUCCUCAGCUUCGGCCUCGUCAGGCUGACUUGGCCCUGAGCCCCCAGCGAGCUGCCUCCCCAAGUCGGCGCAAGGCUGCAGUCUCUUCUAGAAACUCCUCCCCGAAGGCCUACAGAGGAAGAGGCACCCCAAGGGCUGCAGGGCCAGCCAGGGAGCCGGCUGAGAGUGUAGAAAGCCUCCCCAGCUCCCCCUGGAGCAGCCCCAGGAUAACCCCCAAAAGAGCCCUCUCCAGUCAGGCGGAAUCCAGAAGAGCUGGGGAGACACAAAGCACCCCGCGGAAGAAGACCCAGGACGGAAUCUCAGUUCGCCAGACCAGGGGAAGGAGCCCACCGGGGACAAGCUGUCAUGGAGAAACUCAAAUUCCUGGGCCUCCUGAAGGUCGGAUGCUUCCUAGCUCCCAGGGAAAAGAUCAGAGAGACAAAAACUACAAACCCCCUAGGUCUCUGGAGCUUGAUGAAGGGGCAGCUCCAGGGACUCCCUCUCCAGUCUGCAGCCCUGUGCAGAGCCUGAAGCCCUCUCAUACUCCAGGGACCAUUAGCUUUUCCUCCGCCCAUCAGCAGAGCCAGCCAAUCACAGCCACGGUGGCCCCCUUUCAGUACAGGUUGCAGACAGACCAGGAGCCUGGCCCCAUUCCUCAGGAAAGCUGGGCCCUUGAUGGAUACACCAGCCCCCCUAGCAGGACUGAGGAAAGCUUCUCCUGCAUGGACGCGCGGAUCGUCCAUGCGCUCCUGGCAGGCAGAAUGCUGGGCAGCAGCGUCAAGAGCGUGCAGCCCGAGGUGGAGCUGAGCGGCGGCAGCGGCAGCGGCGGCGACGAGGGCGCGGACGAGCCUCGGGGAGCCAGCAGAAAGGCGGCCGCGGCGGACGGCAGAGGCAUGCUGCCCAAGCGCGCCAAGGCGGCGGUCGGCGGUGGCAGUAUGGCCAAGGCCAGCGCAGCAGAGCUGAAGGUCUUCAAGUCCGGCAGCGUGGACAGCCGUGUCCCCGGUGGGCCGCCGGCCUCCAACCUGCGCAAACAGAAGUCACUCACCAACCUCUCGUUUCUCACGGACUCCGAGAAAAAGCUGCAGCUGUAUGAGCCUGAGUGGAGCGAUGAUAUGGCCAAGGCACCCAAAGGUUUGGGCAAAUUGGGGCCCAAGGGCCGCGAGGCUCCUCUAAUGUCCAAGACACUGUCCAAAUCAGAGCACUCGCUCUUUCAGCCCAAAGGAGCCCCCGCGAGCGGCGGCGCCAAGACCCCACUGGCUCCGCUAGCGCCCAGCCUAGGCAAACCCAGUCGGAUUCCUCGCGGACCCUAUGCGGAGGUCAAGCCUCUCAGUAAGGCGCCUGAGGCAGCGGUGAGCGACGAUGGCAAAUCGGAUGACGAGCUGCUUUCCAGCAAGGCUAAGGCGCAAAAGGGCUCAGGGACUGUGCCCUCAGCCAAGGGCCAGGAGGAGCGGGCCUUCCUCAAGGUGGACCCCGAGCUCGUGGUAACCGUGCUGGGCGACCUGGAGCAGCUGCUCUUCAGCCAGAUGCUGGAUCCGGAGUCACAGAGAAAGAGGACAGUCCAGAAUGUUUUGGACCUUCGACAGAACCUGGAAGAGACCAUGUCCAGCCUUCGAGGCUCCCAGGUGACUCACAGCUCCCUGGAGAUGACUUGUUACGACAGCGAUGAUGCCAACCCUCGAAGUGUAUCCAGCCUCUCCAACCGCUCCUCUCCCCUCUCUUGGCGCUAUGGCCAGUCCAGUCCCCGGCUGCAGGCUGGCGAUGCACCCUCUGUCGGGGGGAGCUGCCGCUCCGAGGGGCCGCCAGCCUGGUACAUGCACGGGGAGCGGGCACACUACUCCCACACAAUGCCUAUGCGGAGCCCUAGCAAGCUCAGCCACAUCUCCCGCCUGGAGUUGGUGGAGUCCCUGGACUCUGAUGAGGUGGACCUCAAGUCCGGCUACAUGAGUGACAGUGACCUCAUGGGCAAGACCAUGACAGAGGAUGAUGACAUCACGACAGGCUGGGACGAGAGCAGCUCCAUCAGCAGUGGGCUCAGCGAUGCCUCAGACAACCUCAGCUCGGAAGAGUUCAACGCCAGCUCCUCACUCAACUCCCUCCCGACUACUCCCACGGCUUCCCGCAGGAGCUCUACAAUCGUGCUACGCACAGACUCAGAGAAGCGCUCUCUGGCCGAAAGCGGGCUGAACUGGUUUAGCGAAUCAGAGGAGAAGGCCCCCAAAAAACUGGAGUACGACAGUGGCAGCCUGAAGAUGGAACCUGGGACUUCAAAGUGGCGGAGAGAGCGACCCGAAAGCUGUGAGGACGCAUCUAAGGGUGGAGAACUAAAAAAGCCCAUCAGCCUGGGACAUCCAGGGUCCCUGAAGAAGGGCAAGACCCCACCAGUAGCUGUCACCUCUCCCAUCACUCAUACAGCCCAGAGUGCCCUCAAAGUUGCAGGCAAGCCUGAAGGCAAAGCCACAGACAAGGGCAAGCUCACCGUGAAGAACACCGGGUUGCAGCGCUCUUCUUCCGACGCUGGCCGGGACCGCCUGAGCGAUGCUAAGAAGCCCCCCUCGGGCAUCGCGCGCCCCUCGACUUCAGGAUCCUUUGGCUAUAAGAAGCCUCCCCCUGCCACCGGCACAGCCACCGUCAUGCAGACAGGUGGCUCAGCCACUCUCAGCAAGAUCCAAAAAUCCUCAGGCAUCCCCGUCAAGCCGGUAAAUGGGCGCAAGACGAGUUUAGAUGUGUCCAACAGUGCAGAGCCGGGAUUCCUGGCUCCUGGAGCACGGUCCAACAUCCAGUAUCGCAGCCUGCCCAGGCCGGCCAAAUCCAGUUCAAUGAGUGUGACUGGUGGGCGGGGCGGACCUCGCCCGGUGAGCAGCAGCAUUGACCCCAGCCUCCUCAGCACCAAGCAAGGAGGCCUUACACCUUCCAGACUGAAGGAACCUUCCAAGGUUGCCAGUGGCAGAACCACACCAGCUCCCGUCAAUCAGACAGAUCGGGAAAAGGAAAAGGCCAAAGCCAAGGCUGUGGCCUUGGACUCAGACAACAUCUCCUUGAAGAGCAUUGGCUCCCCAGAAAGCACUCCUAAGAACCAAGCAAGCCACCCUCCAGCCACCAAGGUGGCAGAGCUGCCACCAACCCCUCUCAGGGCCACAGCUAAAAGCUUUGUCAAGCCACCCUCACUAGCCAAUCUAGACAAGGUCAACUCCAACAGUCUGGAUCUACCAUCUUCCAGUGACACCCACGCUUCCAAGGUCCCCGAUCUGCAUGCUCCAAGCUCGUCAACUGGGGGUGCUCUGCCUUCUUGCUUCACCCCCAGUCCAGCACCCAUCCUCAAUAUUAACUCAGCCAGCUUCUCCCAGGGCCUGGAGCUCAUGAGUGGCUUCAGUGUCCCGAAGGAGACCCGCAUGUACCCCAAACUCUCAGGCCUGCACAGGAGCAUGGAGUCCCUCCAGAUGCCGAUGAGCCUGCCCAGUGCCUUCCCCAGCAGUUCCCCCGUCCCCACCCCACCUGCGGCUCCUGCUGCCCAGUCAGAGGAAGAGACCGAAGAGCUGCCCUGGAGUGGAAGCCCCAGAGCUGGACAGUUGGAUGGCAAUCAGCGGGAUCGGAACACCCUCCCCAAGAAAGGACUCAGGUACCAGCUUCAGUCCCAGGAGGAGACCAAGGAGAGGCGGCACUCCCACACUAUCGGUGGACUCCCUGAAUCCGACGACCAGGCAGAGCUGCCGUCCCCUCCCGCGCUCUCUAUGUCCUUGAGUGCAAAGGGCCAGCUUACCAACAUAGUGAGUCCCACUGCGGCCACCACGCCAAGAAUCACCCGCUCCAACAGCAUCCCCACCCACGAGGCGGCCUUCGAGCUGUACAGCGGCUCCCAAAUGGGGAGCACCCUGUCCCUGGCCGAGAGACCCAAGGGAAUGAUUCGGUCAGGAUCCUUCCGAGACCCCACGGAUGAUGUUCAUGGCUCGGUGCUGUCUCUGGCCUCCAGUGCCUCUUCCACCUACUCCUCAGCUGAGGAGAGGAUGCAAUCUGAGCAAAUUCGGAAGCUUCGUAGGGAACUGGAAUCCUCCCAGGAAAAAGUGGCCACCCUGACGUCACAGCUUUCUGCCAAUGCUAACCUGGUGGCGGCUUUCGAGCAGAGCCUGGUGAAUAUGACGUCCCGCUUGCGACACCUGGCAGAGACAGCCGAGGAGAAGGACACGGAGCUGCUGGAUUUGCGAGAAACUAUAGACUUCCUGAAGAAAAAGAAUUCUGAGGCCCAGGCCGUCAUCCAGGGAGCACUGAAUGCCUCAGAAGCCACACCCAAAGAACUCCGGAUCAAGAGACAGAAUUCUUCAGAUAGCAUCUCCAGCCUGAACAGCAUCACCAGCCAUUCCAGCAUCGGCAGCGGCAGUAAGGACGCGGACGCCAAGAAGAAGAAGAAGAAGAGCUGGCUUCGAAGUUCCUUCAACAAAGCCUUCAGCAUUAAAAAGGGUCCCAAGUCGGCCUCCUCGUACUCUGAUAUUGAGGAGAUUGCCACCCCUGACUCUUCAGCCCCGUCAUCCCCCAAACUACAGCAUGGCUCCACGGAGACUGCAUCCCCCUCCAUCAAGUCCUCCAACUCAUCCUCUGUGGGCACUGAGGUCACUGAGGCUCCUGCUCAUUCAGUCCCCCACACUAGACUGUUCCAAGCCAAUGAGGAGGAGGAGCCGGAGAAGAAGGAGGUAUCAGAGCUCCGCUCUGAACUAUGGGAGAAAGAAAUGAAGCUCACAGAUAUCCGAUUGGAGGCCCUAAACUCUGCCCACCAGCUCGACCAGCUUCGGGAGACCAUGCACAACAUGCAGCUGGAGGUGGACCUGCUGAAAGCAGAGAAUGACCGGCUGAAGGUUGCUCCUGGCCCCUCCUCAGGCUCCACUCCGGGGCAGGUCCCUGGAUCAUCUGCUCUGUCGUCCCCUCGCCGUUCCCUGGGCCUUGCACUCAGCCAUCCCUUCAGUCCCAGUCUCACAGAUACAGACCUAUCACCCAUGGAUGGCAUCAGCACCUGUGGGCCAAAGGAAGAAGUGACCCUUCGGGUGGUGGUGCGGAUGCCACCCCAGCACAUCAUCAAAGGGGACUUAAAGCAGCAGGAGUUCCUCUUAGGGUGCAGCAAGGUCACUGGCAAGGUGGACUGGAAGAUGCUGGAUGAAGCUGUUUUCCAAGUGUUCAAGGACUACAUUUCUAAAAUGGACCCAGCCUCCACCCUGGGGCUAAGCACCGAGUCUAUCCAUGGCUAUAGCCUCAGCCACGUGAAGCGAGUGUUGGAUGCCGAGCCUCCUGAGAUGCCGCCGUGCCGCCGGGGUGUCAAUAACAUAUCGGUCUCCCUCAAAGGGCUGAAGGAGAAGUGUGUCGACAGCCUGGUGUUCGAGACGCUCAUCCCCAAGCCCAUGAUGCAGCACUACAUAAGCCUCCUGCUGAAGCACCGGCGCCUCGUGCUCUCGGGCCCCAGUGGCACGGGCAAGACCUACCUGACCAAUCGGCUGGCUGAGUAUCUGGUGGAGCGCUCAGGCCGGGAGGUCACCGAUGGCAUCGUCAGCACUUUCAACAUGCACCAGCAAUCUUGCAAGGAUCUGCAGCUGUACCUCUCCAACCUGGCCAACCAGAUAGACCGGGAAACAGGAAUUGGGGAUGUGCCCUUGGUGAUCCUACUGGAUGACCUGAGUGAAGCAGGCUCCAUCAGUGAGCUGGUUAAUGGGGCCCUUACCUGCAAGUAUCACAAAUGUCCCUACAUCAUAGGUACCACCAAUCAGCCUGUAAAAAUGACACCCAACCACGGCUUGCACUUGAGUUUCAGGAUGCUGACCUUCUCUAACAACGUGGAGCCAGCCAAUGGCUUUCUGGUCCGUUACCUGCGGAGGAAGUUGGUAGAGUCGGACAGUGACGUCAAUGCUAACAAGGAAGAGCUGCUUCGGGUGCUGGACUGGGUGCCCAAGCUGUGGUAUCACCUCCACACCUUCCUUGAGAAGCACAGCACCUCAGACUUCCUCAUCGGCCCUUGCUUCUUUCUGUCCUGCCCCAUUGGCGUUGAGGACUUCCGGACCUGGUUCAUUGACCUGUGGAACAAUUCCAUCAUUCCCUAUCUACAGGAAGGAGCCAAGGAUGGCAUCAAGGUUCAUGGACAGAAAGCUGCUUGGGAAGAUCCAGUGGAGUGGGUCCGGGACACUCUUCCCUGGCCAUCAGCCCAGCAGGACCAAUCAAAGCUCUACCACUUGCCCCCACCCUCUGUGGGCCCUCACAGCAUUGCCUCACCUCCAGAGGACAGGACAGUCAAAGACAGCACCCCAAGCUCCCUGGACUCAGACCCUCUGAUGGCCAUGCUGCUGAAGCUUCAAGAAGCUGCCAACUAUAUUGAGUCACCAGAUCGAGAGACUAUCCUGGACCCCAACCUCCAGGCAACACUCUGAGGGUCCAGCAGUCACUGUCACCCUGGACAGCGGAAGGCUGGCUUCGGCUUCAUUAGCUCCCCUCUCCCCCUCUUCUUUCAGAGCUCUGGCUUACCAGCCUCACCAGGACAGGAGGGAAGAAGAGGGCUAGAGGAGGGAUGGGUUCUUGGUGCUGAACCUUUGAAAACUUCCUGGUAGGGACUGGAGGGGUGGAGAUUGGGAACUCGUGCCCCCUAAAUACAUUUGCUGGCCUCCUCUCAUGACUUUGGAGAAAAGAUGAUUCUGGGUCUUUUCUUCAGUUUUUGUUUCACCUACAAACUCCUGGGCUUUCUGGGGAGGGAUUCGGAGGACAUCACAAAAAAAAACUGUGCAGCAGUUCCUAGCUGGUUCUCAUGAACACCGCUGAGACAGUCACCAUCUGGGGAAAUCUAAGGGAGGCAGGAAACUCCACAGAUUUUCUUGCAAACCUUUCCCAAUUCUAUCGCCACUGCCAACAAUCUUCCCCCAGAGAUCUGGCCAGAGCCCAGAAAAAGAAGCAUGUCGUUAAACAAAAAAAACAAAAAAAAGAAAAAAAAGAAAAUAAGAAAAAAAAUGUGUAAGUCAACCUGUAAGCGGUAAAAAGGUGACAGAAAAGAUGACACUGGAAAGAGGGGACCCAGUUGCCAAGAUGGAAAGAGAGCUGCCAGAUCUCACCCUCUGGAUGACAAUAGGGGACAUUGACAAGAUGGCUUCCAAUCUAAGAUGCCACCCAACCACAAAAGGAACAUCACAGCCUUCAGAGAGACUGAGCUACCUUUCUGCCCUCAAAUUGAACAUGCAUGAAAGUCAAUAAACCCUACUUUUUUAAUUUUUAAUUUUUAAAUUCUAUUUCUAUUUUUUUUUCUUUCCAGUUUGCCUAUUUAUUGCCCCCUUCCCCAGUUUUCUCACAUGUCAAUGAGAUACUUGAGUUUCCUUCCAGGAGAUAGUUUUGCUUUCCAAGUGGGUUUUCUUUGGCGAAUUGAAUUCCAGACUGCUGGUAUAAGUUAGACACCUGCCAUGCCACUAUCUCUGGCAUCCUUGGGGCUUACAUGCAACAAGAAACAUUGGCUCAGAAUGGUAGGAGAAAAAGUAGCCAGUUUCUUUGACUUUCCUUUUCGAGAAAGCAUGUGUUCUAGCUGGAAGCUCAACUGCCAUCCUCUGGCUUGACAGAUCUACCCUGAGCUUCAUCGUGGACUGAAGGAAAACCAAAAUACUGGAAACACCCACCUGUCUUAGGGCCUGUCUGGCCCCUCACUGCACUAUUAAGAUGGUAGCCACUUUGCCUGACUGAAUCAAAAUUCCCUAGCUAGUCCUCAGCUAGUUUUUGACAGGUGAACAGUCACUUAUAAGAAACUGAGCAACCAUGUGAACUGCUUCAGAUCAGAAUAGAAGGCUCAAGGAGCUGGACUCGGUGGCCAAUAUUUGCCUUCCAAAGAGAUCCACCUCUUUCUUGCAGAUGUUGCACUCUCCGUAUUUCUACAGCCCACGUUCCUUCAUUUGACAAGCACUUAUGAGUACUUAACUGUAUACCAGUCACUAUGCUUAAAAAAAGACAAGACUUGGUCCUUAAGUUCAUAGUCUAGGGGAGAAUGUUAAUCUCCAUUAAGUACACCCCCCCCCCCUUACCUGGACCUUGAAAAUCAUCUGAGAAACAGAGGUGAACCCCAAGGAGUUACUUAAAAGAAGCCCUUGAUUAGAUGUCCAAUAUGUUGUGGGCAGAAGAUUGGGAAUCAGUUAAGAUGGAGCCCGAAGAACUAUGGAAGCUUGCUUGUCUAGAGUGGGAAAAUCUACUUCUGUCAUUUCUGAAAACCGGAUGGAACCAGAUUCCCAGGCUGAGCUGCCUUAUGGGCUAAUAUGUCAGCACUCUGCAGUUCAGGGAUAUAUAUACGAUGAGCCUGGACCUAAGAGUUUGCUCUUCAGAGUCCUAAGUAGCACAAGACUUACCAGAAUCUAUACCAAGAUUCUACAGGCAAACUAAAAUGGGCCAUUGUUCCACCCAACUGAGAAGUCACAUGACUCUCAACAGUAUAUUUUCAUUUAGGUCCUCAAGAUGGUCUAGCUUGUCUCCUUCCCCCUCCCUCCCCCGCAAAAGCUUCUAUAUUCACCUGGUAGCCCCAGGGAUGACAGGGUCCUCUAUUCUGGAGACUAUUAUUGCCAUUGCUGCUAAUUCCAUGAGCUGUGAAGACCCCCAACCAACUCAGCUGCAAAAUAUGCAAUUCUGUAGUGGGAAGAGGCUGUUUGUCCAAGGAUGGUGCUGCAAUCACUGCCUUAAGGUCUCUGCUGUGCAGAAGGAGAAGGCCCCAGAGCUGGCUGUUCCAACUUAGAAGGAAGGGGAGACUGGAUAGGCCCUACUUUGGACAUAGGUCUCUUCUGAACCCUAUCCAAAGCUCCAGUGCCAUGGCAAGGCUCAGACUUUCGCUGACAUCCUAAUGCUUGAGCCCUCCUUCACUCUCUCUUCUGGUGCUGCCCAGCCAGUGCCUUCUGAAAUGGAUGUUACUGGCUACUUAAGAAGAAGGAAAGUAGGCGAUGCCUUCUUCCAUUCCAACUGCCUCAGACUGCAGAGGGAUUGUCUCUGUGGUAACCGUGGAUACCAUCGUGAAUUUUCUUUGGGUCUGCAGCAAGUUGACUCUGGAGGCCUCUCCUACUGUAACUUUAUUUCUAUUUCUGGGAUCCACCACCACCUUCUCUCAGUUGACUGCUGCAUUUAGUUCAGGCCUCAAAUAGCCGUCCCCCAGGAAGAAUGUUCCCAUCUAGUGAAGUGCUCUUGAAGCCUCUACUUUCCUUCUGGAGCCUGGGACCCUGUUUACAGUUGCACAUCUGGGCCCCUCACAGUAGGCUCAACCAUCUCAAAAAGGGAUCACGGUUCUGUGGCAAUUGCGGAAGGUUGAGCUUCCUCACGGUGCUAAUAACCCCUUGGGAUGCUCAUCCAGACUUCUAAGAAGCAAAAAGCCUGAGCACCCCCUCACUGCCCAAGAAUUCAUGGCAAAGAGCAAAUCCACAGCAUUCUUUCCAACCUACACACUUGCUUCUUGGUUGAGACAACUGGGACUCCUCAGAAAGGAAAAACUGGGUCCCACAGCUAAAUUCUCAAUCUCCAGGCACCUUCAGAAGACUCCAACCUAUCCAAUUCUGGAAUCUGUGCUAUUCCCUUUCCCUCUCAGUCCCAAUCCCAUCCCUCACCAAAGUUGGCUAGUGAAGAACAUCAACCUUUGGAGAGCCUCAGCUCUAGGAGAGGCUAAUUAGAAUCCCUCAGAUUCUGGGAUGAAGACCAAUAAGUUGUAUUCAAUGUGUUCGUUUCUCAGUCCCUGCCUAGGCACUAGAAUAAAACACUAGGUAUUGGAGGCUGCUAUGGGACCUGAUGUCUGUGUAUCUCUCUGUUCUAUCUUGGGCUUUGUGUAACAUUAUUAUUUUUGAUAUCUGCUUUCUGGUAACUCUUGGGUGCUUAUUUCUGUCUCUGUAAAUCCUUACUCCAAUGUCUUUUGUGUAGUCUAAUCACUUGGAAGGUAGAGGCUGGCAGGAAAGGAGAAUGAGGUAGGAAAAAAAAAAUAUACAGAGAGACCCUACAAGAAGGCCUUUAUUGGUUGGUAAACGUUUGGGUCUUGAAUUACCAACCUUCUAACUAGUCUGUCCAUACUGACAGGCAUAAGACAAAAAUAAUGAUUUUCUUUCUCCCCUUUUCUGGCUUUUCUAGUUUGCAAGAGUUUAAGUGGACUUAACCUACCCAUCUCCUUACUUGUAGAACUCAAAGAUGAACCACACUAUUCAAAGGGAUACUGCCCCCCUUCGGGUACUCUGAAGACGAACUCUGUUUCCUGUCAUAUUCCAGAAAAGUAGGGAAAGAAGUGGUAGGUUUUCACAAUGCCUCCUAUCAUCACCCCAGAUGGAACCCAUUCACAGCACCCAGCAUGUGCACGGAUCACACUUGCCUGAUCGAAUGAGAUUCAGUCUUAUAAACCAGGAUCCAAGAGAUAUUAAUGACUUUUUUUUUGAUGAUAAAAGGGUUUGGGAAGUUGUGCUAAUCACAAAUCUAAUACAGGGUUCAAGUGCUGAAGUAACUCAGACUGUCAACUACAGCUCCUUAUCAUACUUUACCCUUUCUUUCCAUAGUCCUGGGCAUUAGCUAAACUGAAGCUAGUGAAUGGACUCCAUGAGCCAACCCCCAUGGUAAGAAGAAAAAUGUCAGUUACAGCAGCUUGGGUAAUAGAGAUGGAUAAGAUGGAUAUACCAACAGUUAUUGGUACACUUUUUUUUUUCUUCCAGUAUUGGGUAUUGAACCUAAGGUCUCUCAUAUACUCAGCAAGUACUCUAUCACUGACCUAUAGCUCCAGCCCUCUUUUUUUUUUUUAAAGACAGUUUCACUAAGUUGCCCAUAAUCCAGGCAAGCUUUGAAUUUGAUGAUAACACACACACACACACACACACACACACACACACACACACACACACACACAAACACAUUAGCCUCUCAAGUAACUGGGAUUUCAGCCUGCAUCAACAGGCCCAGCUAUAAUACACUGUAGGAACUGUGCAUGAGAAUACCCAACAAGGAGGCUGUAAAUAAAAAUGUGUUCUAAAUGGCCAAAGCCUGAAGACACUGCUCUUCAUAACUGAAUCAGCCUUACCUAGUCACCAAUCCUCAGUUAACCUGCUCAGGGAUAACAGGGCCACCUGGUAUACACCCGAGCUCUGGAAGCACACGCUGUUAUAGAGAAGAUAGAAUAAACUGGAACACCGCAGAGUCUGGAAGGAAAGAAAGCAGGUGAACUUUGGAAACCACAGGGAAAAAAAGACAGUUAAGAAUUACACCUAUUUAUACCAGUUCAUUCCAGUUUGAUGUUUCGGCCAUUUUCCUUAAUGAUUAUGUCCCAGGGAACAUUCUCUGACAUGUGAUAUGAAUCCCUGGAUCCUUAAUUCAACCUUUCAUUUCCUUAAAACGGUGUCACUCAGAGGAUGCCUACAGACCAGCAAUAGCAGCAUGUGGGAAUGUGUUUAGGAAUAAAAUUCCCAGGCUCUAACCCAGACUUACCAAGUCAGCUCUGCAGUGGCAGUGCCCAGCCAUGUUUUAGCAGUUCCUCUGGUGGAGCCAAUGCACGGAGAGCCUUCACUCUGAGGUGGUUGAUGUUUAAAGACCCCAAAUAAAAAGCGUCUACAGUCUAAUGCAGAUGUUAACAUUUCAAAGUCACUUUUCUCAGACUUCGGUUUCUGGGAGUCAGCAGUGAAAACAUGUGCUUUGGGGUGGAAGCUGGGGAAGGUCUGCAUCUUGGCAACCUCUAAUGGGAAACCCCUUGUCUCUGACAUUUCUACCUUGGCACACUGUGGGACUCCAGUGGAGGAAUCAUGUUGGAGGUCUCAUUCAGAUUGCUGUUCUGAUGGAUUCUUUUUCUGAUAAUAGUAUAAGAAAAGUAAAAUAAAGUCUAAUUUGCAUUUCUAUGAUAAAAUGUUCUCCCAGCAACAUCCCUCUCCCUUCUUUAAAUAGUAAAGAGUACUGCUGAGUCAGAGAGCCCGGCCAGGGCCCCCCACCCCCUUUUCCCCAAGGCAGCCAACAGCUGUAGUGCUCCAGUAUGCUAGAAGGGCCCAUGUCUCUACUCAGCCCACAGGAGAGUUCUACACAGUGAAAAUAAAGUUAAGUCCUUAGGUUUAACCUUUGCCUUUUCCCACAUCAGGACCUAAGUACAGAACUACUCAGCAAAGGGAACAAAAUAAAUCUGCUCUUAAUAAAAAAAAAAAAAAAAUUUUUUUUUUCCAGAAAGAGCUUCUUCAUAUAUUUCCAAACCCAUAAACUAGCUGAUAUGGCCAUGGAAGAGUUGAGGCUGUUUAGAAGCAGUUUUGUUUUAAAUUUGUCAGUUUCCCCCCCCCCCUCCCCCCAUGAGAGCACUUUUGUGUAGAGCAUUAAAAAAAUCACCGGUACCAGGUCUCCUGAGCUCAGGGACUGACUUGGAAGGAAGGAGUAAAGCCCAAGGAAACCAAGUGUAAACAAUUGCACUAAAGUCACCCCCUUACCAUCCAGCCAGCCCCUGGUGUAUCAUCCUGCUUCCCUGCCCCUUCUCUGAGAAGGCGAAUCCAAGGAGCAAACUCCCACACUGCAGCCAGUCUCUGAUCCGGCUGUGCUCCCCCCCCCCAACUUCCUCAUGUCCUUUUGUUUAUUGCUUUUGACAAAACACAAUUAGAGUGAAUUCUAGGUUGUGCUAGCUUCCUUUCCUCCCCCUCCCUAUCCUGUUGUCCACAGCACUGCUCAUGGAAGAGUCUUUCUCAAAUGCAUGGCAUUCCUCAGGUGGCGGGUGGACAAGAGUGUUCACUUUUUAAAACUUACUGAGUACAAAAUCCCAAACCAGGAUGUGUGUGUGUGUGUGUGUGUGUGUGUGUGUGUGUGUGUGUGUGUGAUUUUCUUCUCAUUUGACCCUCACCUAUUCCAGUCUGUCCCCUUUUAUACCUAAUGUAGAAAAGGCAAAAGUGAAUCUGGAAAGCAAAUUGAUGUAUAUAGUUGCGGUAACAAUCAUGAAGAGAGGCUGGGCUGUCCCCUCAGUAAUUCAUUUUGAAUAAUAAAUUGGUUGAAAAUUAAAUCCAUGCCUCGGCCAGCUGAAAUGGCCUUCCUCCAUCGCCACAGAGGCUACCCUUACCUGGGUCCUCUGUCUAUCAGGCAUGUCUCCAUCCAGCAAAAUGCAUCUGUUCUCUGCCAUUUGCAUUUCAAUAAAGUUAUCUCCUGUACUGUC